CAUUAACAUUAAAUCGGGAACCCCAUUAAAUCGCCCCUAUUCAGGCUAUUGGAUGUAUUGAAUAAUCUAUCCGGGGUUUUAGUUCGCAAACUUUUAGAAAGCUCGCACAGUUCCGUUACAUAUAGGAUGAACCUUUAAAAAAGAUAUGUUUAAACCUUUAGAUAAUAUCCUAUCGGAUUACCAAGUUGUUCUACAUUUUGACAUCUGAUAGUCCUAUAUACAUUUUUACAGUUUUCGAAUUACCCAUUGGGAAGCAAAGUGGAAUGGCUAAUUAUUCAGAGACAGUAAAUUCAUUGAGAAGUGUAUUCCAAUCAGGAAGGACAAAGAACUUGAAAUGGAGACGGUCACAGCUAAUGGCACUACUGAAGCUGUUAGAUGACAACAGAGAUAGAUUGAGUGAAGCUCUAGAGAAAGACCUUAGAAAGAACAAAUUUGAAUCCAAUCUUAUGGAGGUGGGUCCAAUACGGAAUGAAGUUAUUUAUGCGCUUAAUAACCUGACAGAUUGGGUAAAACCAGAGAAGGUGAAGAAAGGAAUACUUAACAUGAUGGACAAAGCUUACAUCCGACACGAUCCACUUGGUGCUGUUCUGAUAAUAGCAGCAUGGAAUUAUCCAGUCCAAACUGCGAUUCUUCCCAUGAUUGGUGCUAUUGCUGCAGGUAACUGUGUGGUGAUAAAACCAUCUGAGAUUGCUGAAAACAUGGCUUCAUUGUUAGAGGAGUUGAUCCCAAAAUACUUUGAUACAGAAUGUAUCAAGUGUAUCUGCGGUGGAAUUCCUGAGACCACAGCUCUCCUGAAGGAGAAAUGGGACUAUAUUUUCUACACAGGGAAUUCUAGGGUGGGCAAGAUAAUAUUGAAGGCUGCAGCAGAAUAUCUUACACCAGUUACACUAGAGAUGGGUGGCAAAAGCCCAGUGUAUGUUGAUGAAGACUGUGAUCUUGGCACUGUAUCAAACAGAAUUUUAUGGGGAAAAAAUUCAAAUGCGGGACAGACCUGUAUUGCUCCUGAUUACGUCAUGUGUUCUAAGGAAACUCAGGAUGCACUUGUAGAGAAGAUGAAAAUUACUCUAGAAAAGUUUUACCCUGAGGGACCUGCCAAGUCGUCUUGUUAUGGGAGGCUUGUCAGUGACAGGCAUUACCAGAGAGUGAAGAAGAUGAUAGAGGGAGGAGGGCAAGUGGCUGUAGGUGGAGACACAAAUGAUUCAGAGAGAUACAUUGCUCCUACAGUACUUGCUGAUGUUACGUUUAGUGAUCCUGUCAUGCAAGAUGAGGUAUUUGGACCAGUGCUGCCUAUUGUACCAGUGAAAAAUGAAGAUGAGGCAAUAGCUCGUAUAAAUGCUGGAAGUACAGGUGCUCCAUUAGCCCUGUAUGUGUUUUCAAACAACCAGCAAGUUGUCAAAAAAUUUCUGGAUGGGGUCAAUUCUGGUGGCUGUUGUGUUAAUGACUGUUUGAUGCAGGGCAGCAUACCAACACUACCAUUUGGUGGGGUAGGUAGCAGUGGAAUGGGUCGUUACCAUGGUAGAUUUACAUUUGAGACAUUCUCACACAAGAGAGGUUGUAUGGAGAGAGGCCUGGAAAUGGAGAGUGUUAACAAUAUCAGAUAUCCUCCAUUUACAAAGAACAAAGAGAAAAUUGUCACAUGGAUCCUGAAGCAGAAGUUGAAGAGCAAUGCAAAUAUGUCCUUGGUGAUUUACUUCAUGUUUGGAACUCUGUUUGCUGUCUUUUUAAAGGUAUUUUUUGCUCCUCAGAUGUCGGUCAUGAACUUUUUCUCAAAAUAAGAGGCUCUUUACAACAACCAGGAAUAAAGCUAAUAUAAUUAUGUGGAUUGACGUUCAAUGCAUCUAAACAUUCAUAACAUCACCUUAUAGAGUCGGAAAUUCACACCUUUGGAUAUAAUUAUUUCAUCAGGUCAUUUGAUUAUAUACCAGAGCACUAUGGUUUAACAAAAAAAAACAACCCACCUUCAUUUAUUUAAAUUCCACAUUUUGUUUCCUCUAAUGUAUUAUUGUAUUUUUGGGGACUGAGAUGCAGGCAGUCACAGCCUCCAAUAAUUUCCAUUUUAAACACAUUAUCACAUCAAGUGAAAUUGUGUUAGACAUAAAUUAUACCUUCAGGAAUGGACAAAUGUGGGAGCCAUACUCAAGUUUUCACAGCUUUAGAUAAAUUCCGAUGAAACUUAAUAGUUGUGAUCACCACAAAAUCUCCAUGUGUGUGACAUAUUUUUCUGGGAUGGUUGAACAAGAGUGACAGGGGCCAACCUUACCCCUAUUUUUAGCUCACCAUGAGCAAUGCUCAAAUUUGUUCAAAUUAUCACCCUAGGGUCAAAUAAGGCCCUGCCUCAGGAGUCACAUGGUUUAUAUAGACUUAUAUAGGGAAAACUUUGAAAAUCUUCUUGUACAAAACCACAUGGCCUAGGGCUUUGAUAUUUGGUAUGUAGCAUCAUCUAGUGGUCCUCUACCAAGAUUGUUCAAAUUAUCCCCCAAGGUUCAAAUAUGGUCCCAAGUUUUGACUUAGAAAUUUUUGGUUAAGGUUUUGAAUUAAGCUGGUAUCUGAGUAUCCACUAACGGAAAUGGAUUGAAACUUCACACACUUCUUCACUGUCAUAAUCUGAUAUGCACUGUGCAGGUCCCAUAACUCUACUUUGCAUUUUUUCAAAAUUAUACCCCUUUUUCGACUUAGCAGUUUUUGGUUAAGUUUUUGUAUGUAAGCUGGUAUCUCAGUAUCCACUAAUGGAAAAGGAUUGAAACUUAACACACGUGUUCACUGUCAUGAUAUGACAUGCAGUGCAAUUUAAAGGUUCAAUAACUCUACUUUGCAUUUUUACAAAAUUAUGCCCCUUUUUCAACUUAGCAGUUUUUGGUUAAAGUCUUAUAUGUAAGAUGGUAUCUCAGUACCUACUAAUGGGAAUGGAUUGAAACUUCACACAGUUGGCUACUGUCAUGAACUGGUAAGCACUGUGCAGGUUCCAUAACACUGUUUUGCAUUUUUACAAAAUUAUGCCCCUUUUUCGACUUUUGUAUUCAUUCAAUUGACAAGGCUGUCGAAUAGUGGAGCGUUGCUGUCCUCCAGCAGCUCUUGUUUGUUGUUUUACUAGUGCUGUAUCUCUGUAAUUGUCACUUUGAAUAGGUAUUUGUUCAGAAUGUUUCCAUUUACUGGCAGACUUAAUCUCACAUGCCUAAUUUACAUACGACAGGUUUUUUUUCCUGAAUGUGUUAAAAAUGUCACAGUUAUAACAAUAGAUCUAUGUGUAUUAUUAAAAUUUCUGUGCAGCAUUUCACAAGAGGUAGCAAUUAAUCUAUUUCUUCCUUAUGGUAUUUAAUUUGACAAAGUGAUAAGAAGUAAACAGAAACAAAUUGCUUGCAUUCUAUGUUUCCGAAGGAUCUUUUUGUAGUUUUUAUUUUAUACUAUACUAUUGUAUACCUUUUUAAUGUUAAAGGGAUACUCGGGUGGAAUAGUGCAUGAAAAGUUUAAAAAAAAAGACAAAAACAUUUAUAUAUAUAUGUACAUUAAUUUUGUAUUACAGAAACAAUAUUUUAUUGACAUGUUUAUUUUUACUCUAACUUUGACCAUAUGGGUGUUUAACUUUACAUUUCCAAUGAUACUCACUUGAACAUGGGACUACCAGAAAAAGUGAGGACUUAAUUAAUGGUAGACAGGAAAAGCCAGAAAUAUCUAGGACAUAAAAGAAAAAACUAGGACAAAUCAAAACUAUGUUGUACUGCUAUCAGGAGUUUCCGGGACUAUUACAGAAUUUUAUUUAAAACAAGAAGUUCUGUAAAUUCCUGCCUCAAGGACAUAGGCUAUUCUUUAUCUUACAUGGUUCAAUAAUCUAAAGUGUAUUAACCCUUACCCUGCUAAAUUUCUAAAAUGGACUGGUCCAUCAUUCAAUUUGGGCAUUACCAUUUAUUAUUCAAAGGGUUGUUUACUGAAAAUUUACUGACUGAAUAGCGAACUGUGCAGACCAUGAUCAGACUGCAUGGAUGUGCAGGCUGAUCUUGGUCUGCACUCAGUCUGGUCGCAAAGGCAGAAUCACUUACCGCCAGCAGGCUAAGAGUUAAUGAAAUAAAUAUUAAUGAAAUAAAUGUUGUCAAGUAAAACAAGAAGAAACUAUUGAAAGUUUACAUAAAUUACACCUAAAACUCCUUUGUUGGCUUUGAUAUGUUUGAUCAGAGCAAAAGAAACUGAAAUGGUUAGAUCAAACAACAUUUUUUAGCAGUUAAAGGUGUAAAGCUAGCAUCAUUAAAAAUUAGAUUUCAAACUUUUAUUGAUUUAGUUCAUUUAAUUCCUGAUUAAAGUUGUUUAACUGUAUUUUUCAAAGUUGUGAUUACAUAGUAUAUUAAGCUGUGUAUAUUACACAAUAUAUUUCCAAUUAAUCACAGAUCUUUAUAGAUCUAGAGUCUUUAUAAUCACUACACUGAUAAAUUAUCUAUGGUGCUAGGUGUAUCAUAAACUGGGGUUCUUGUCAGAGACCUUACAUGAAGGUACAGCAGGUGCCCUUACAGAUACUAGUACUCUACACUAGUAUGCAUUUUAGAAUGUAAUAUAAAGGAAUGGCAGCAGGGUGCUUUGAGUCUGAUAUCAAAAUUUAGAAUAUUUAAAGAACACAGCUGUUGGAAAAGAUAAGUUUUUUUUAUACAUAGAAAUUCUAGAAUUAUUUUGAGUUAUUAUAGGAUCACUUUUGACAGUCACAGUUCUACUGUAAAUUUUGUAGCUGUAAACUCUCCUGUAAGGAGCUUCCUGAAAUCAAAAGACACUGUAGUGUGCAUAAAUUGAAAUAUGUCAUACAAUAUUCUUAAGUGUCUCAAAUGGUUCUGUAAUAUUGAAUCAUGAAGUCUUUGUUCAGUUGUUGUGUUGUUUUUUUAUCAUUAAAAUGAUUUACAGCUCUGCUUUAAUAAAUUUUUUUCAUUAAAAAGAACUUAAUUAGAAAACAUCAAGAUUAUCUCCAGAAUACUUGAGAUUAAUUUCACUAUAAAAAUUUAAAAAAUCCUGAUGAAGGCAUAAGCGCCGAAACGUUGAUAAAAGGUAAAUAUUCACGUGUUGUUGAAUUUUACCACCAUACUAUAAAGGACAGAAAUUUAUAUAAAAAAUCUUUGUAAUAAGUCUUUUUCCAGAUUUGCAAAGCAAAUGCUUAAACAACCCUGAAUAAAUCACAUUUAGAAGAAAUUCAUCACCUAAAAUAGAUGACUAGCACUGAAGCUACUGCUUCAAGAAUCCUUACCUGGAAUUUUUAUGCUACAUUGUGUAUUUUAUUAUUUUUGGUGGGUUUAACGUCACUCGGAUACAAUUAUAAGUCAUAUGGCGACUUUCCAACUUUGUUGGUGGAGGAAGACCCCAGGUGCCCCUUCGUGCAUUAUUUCAUCACAAGCGGGCACCUGGGUAGAACCACAGACCUUCUGUAAGCCAGCUGGAUGGCUUUCUCACAUGAAGAAUUAUCGCCACCCCCCUCCCCCCCCUCCCCCCACCCCCACCGCAGUGAGACCCAAGUGAUUUCAAGUCAGCGGCCUUAACCACUUGGCCACGGAGGUCCCGUACAUUAUGUAAUCAUAACUCUUAAUGGUAAAUAGACAAGACUACAUAACUAAUUUUUUUAACUUUGUUGGGAAACUGAGAUAUCCAGCUCCUUUGUAGAGAUAUUUUCACUAUCCUGGCAUUUCCUGUCUUGAAAAGCAGGAUAUCCAAGGAUAUUUACAGGAUUUUUUCCUGGCAGUUCCUGAGACAUCCCAGGAUAUUCUGGUCAAUUUCUGCAAGGGUGUUUUUCAUUUUGAAAAUUAAUAGGAUUUAAGGUUUGUGUUGAAAGAUCUUUUUUUGAAACAGUAGGCCUUUUUUAAUAAAAUUAAAAUAUUUGUGACUACUUCAGAGUUUAGUCAGAAUACAUUUAUAGUACAAAUUUUAUUAGUGCCAAUCAGAAAACAUUAUAUUAUAUUAGACAGGCCUAUUUAGCAUUAUGAAUGCAUAUCUAUUUUUAAUGCCAUGUUACAAAAUGAAUAUAUAUAAUUGUGUUUGUUUUAAUUGAUAUUUUGUUUGAUGUAAAUUGUUAAGGUACAAUUGUAUAUAUACAUGAUUGUACUCUUUAUUUAUAGGCCAUUAUGACCCUGCAGUAUAUUAAUUAUAUUCAUCACUCUUACAUAAUAAACAUGAAUACAAUGUAUAUUUAAA